CCAGAACGGCAGGAGGACCAUCACAUCAUGACCCACUAAUAAGGCGUAGUAGCUUUAUUUUUACGUGAAGAUUUAAGAAUUUAAAAUAGAAAGUUUACUACUUUUGAGAGGGGAAAACAAAAUAAAUAAAGAAAACAAAUCUUUUCAUUUAAGAGAAGCAAGACUUGCAGAAGUUCAGUGACCUGCAGGCUAAAACACAGUAGCUAUGACUCAGUUUGGACAGCCCGCUUUGAUCAAUCUUUCUAGCUAUUCUCCUUCAAUCAAAACAGAGCCUGCUAGUACUCCUCCACAGACUGUUAUGGCCAAUAGUUCACCAGCAGUAAAAAUGCCAGGUACUCCUGGAGGACGCAUGAGCCCGGAAGGUACCCAGAUUUUAACAAAGAAAAAAUUGCAAGAUCUUGUAAGAGAAAUUGAUCCAAAUGAACAGCUUGAUGAAGAUGUGGAAGAGUUAUUACUGCAGAUUGCAGAUGACUUCAUUGAAAGUGUAGUGACUGCUGCUUGUCAACUUGCCCGACACCGGAAGUCAAAUACCCUAGAAGUCAAAGAUGUACAGUUGCACCUUGAACGACAAUGGAACAUGUGGAUUCCAGGAUUUGGAUCUGAUGAAAUCAGACCUUACAAGAAAGCCUGUACUACAGAAGCUCACAAACAGAGAAUGGCUUUGAUCCGAAAAACAACUAAGAAAUAAAGAACUGGAGCGACAGUAGUUGUUUACCUUUUGAAUUCUACAGAAGUAACCUCUGACUUGACAAGAGAAUCUUGAAUGCCUUGUGCAGUGUUUACAGUGGUGUUCAAAUGUGCACCUGUGUCACCAUUUGUAUGAGGCUGAGAGAUAAUUGCACUGGUUACACUUGUAACACAGCAAUAUAUGGAAGCAAGUUGUAUGAAUCCAGCCAAAGUAAAUAAGUUUUUGGACUGUGAAAUAUUUUGUCAUGUUAAGAUUUAUGUAUGCAUUGGGGAUAUUACUUACCACCUCAUUUCUUUGAAGGACAGUGAAAAGCUUGGGUGGGAUUGCAUUGGUAGAAUUUGUAGAGAUUUUGUACAGUUAAGUGACAUUUAUGUAUGUGUCUAAAGUUUUGUGUGCCGAUGUAAAUAUUUGCACAUGUAUUUGUUGCUGUUAAAUAAAGAGCUAUUGGUCUUCAUAAAUUAUUUAUUUUUAAACAGCUACACUGUUUAAUGUAGUUAAACUGCAAAAUACUGUUUUUUUUGCAAAGAAGACAUUAUGUUAAGAAGUAAGUUUACUGUAUUUAUCAUUAAUCUGCUUUUAACCGCAUAAAAGUAUGUACUUUUUCCCAAACAUUACAGAUUCUGCCUCUCCUUCCCUUUGGAUAUUUCCUGUUGAUAAUAAGAAUGAAAACUGUGCGUUUGUGUAUGUUACAAGCUCUUAGCUAGAAAUAAAUGUAAUGUCUGGAGAAUUAGAAUACCAAUAAGCUAUGAUGGACAGUUUUCAUUGGAAGCAAAAACUGUAAAGGGCAUUGGCAUAACUGUUAGUAAUAAUUUAUCCUUCAUAGGCACAUGUGUGGUUAAAUCAAAAGCUCUGAAAAUGAUUGGGCUAGUAUAUAACAGUUUCAUCUUGCAUUCUAGAGAGAAUAUGUUGUCAUUUAUUCGACACAUGUUCACACAGUAAUUCUCUUGUGUCAUUUAUAGCAAGAAAUUAAAAAUGUUAAAAUUGUUCAAUAUUCCGCACAGGCGUUUAAGGAUAAAGUUGUGUAUUGAUUAUAGGUGCUGUACAAUUGCUGUAUUUUCAGCUGUAAUGGGAACAGUUUUGUCUAAUUCCUUUUUGUAUAAUUUCUGUUUGAAAAUAGAUACCAAGGUCAAUUUCCAUCAGUACUUAACAGAACUUUGGGAUUGUAUACGUGUGUAUGUAAGACUGAGUGAUUCAGUAACACAUUUUAAGAAAUCAUUCAGUAACUUGGCUGUAAAAAGAAAAUUUUCUGCCAGUAUGUCUGCAUUCCUUCAUAACCUCUCAACCUGAUUCUUUCUUACAUUGAUGCAGUUGGGAUCUUAAUCCUGAUGCACAUUGGUGAGAUGCUCCUGUAUGUGAUACCUAGAUUCAAAUCUACAGUGCUUCUGUGGCUAGUUGAUUACUAGUCCAGAUCUCACCAUCAGUAUUUUAAGCAGGCAAUGCACGCACAAAGUACUUCCCUAAGUGCCAGCAAUUCAGCUGGUCUGCAUGCAUACAUGUAGAAUGGAGAAGCUCCUGGCCUGCUUUACUGCCAGGAUGGUGGUGUAAGUUAUUAGUUUCUUACUAGAGGAUCAACAGGAGGCUUACACACUCCCACAAAUGGUUGUAGGACCCAGCUGGAGCACCGCCACAAGGAGUAAAGCUCAGUGGUUAGUCUGGGACACGCAAUAAAAUAGACUUCUGCAUUUUAAUUAUGCUGACUGAGGUCAUCCUUAACUAGGGAUAGCUUGAACCCAUACCUUUCAUCCAUUGAGAAGCCCAAACGAGGCACAAAGCCUGCUCCGACAUGGGGGGGGGGGUUGCAUUUUGGGAUGCAUGCACCACUCGGUCCUCAGUUUAAUAAAUAGAGCUCAAAGCUAACUAAUCCUUAUCCUGGGGUAUAGUCACCAGUAUCACUUAAGCCAUAGGUCUGAGGUACUUGCCUAGGUCCUUUUUCUCUGGAUCUGCUGUGAACCUGGCAAAAUCUAUUAACAGAGGUUUAGGUAGAUCCUUUAGGUCAAUCUGCACCAGGGUUUUUGGCCUAAGACCCAAGCAUUAAGCAAAUGUUUAGUGAGAGUUUAAUUUGUGGCUGUGGGAUACACCUAUGGGGAAUAUGACGUGAAGCUGACUUCGCCAGAACCAGGCUUCUGUUAAUGCACUCUGCCUUCUGCUGGCACAUAUCCAAGCAGCAGAGCCAUGUCUCAAAACAUUUGUUGCACUCUACAUCCCUGGAUCUAACAGGGAGGAAAAAGAUUCUUUCUCCUUCAAUCUCGUAUGAAUUUUCUGAGGACAUGGUUGCCAUUGCCUCUGAGAAAGGAAAGGACAACGAUUUCUCUCACUCUCUCUGCAUUUGCCAUUCUCUUUCCCAGUAACUGUUUACUUUAGGCAGACCUUGAGGUUAGUGAGGUCCUCUGUGGAUUCCCUUUCCUCUCCCUUACAAGUAGCAGAAUCUAUCUGGUGGAAAAAAAAGGAAGUCUGUCUACCUUGAGACACCCCCUGCAUGCAAUCUGUGAUUAAGGAUUCCAUAGUCACAGUCUGGACACAUCUCUGCUUCAGCACUGCCCAGGAUGGUGUAUGUAUUUUUACAAGCCCAUUGUAGAAUAGAGUGAAUCCCUCUUCCGGAUUCAGUGUCUCACUCUCCCGUGAACUCUUCAGUCCAGCGUAGUAGCUUCAAGAGACCACAGCAUUUUUUUGCUGCCUUGCCAUCAAGUGUUUUUAAAGCCCUUGAUUGGUGUGACAAGAGAAGUUUUUCAUCUCUCUGCAACAUUUAGACUCAGAAACCUCAGCUGUGUAUCUCAUUUGGCAAAGUUCCAGUCCAUCCUAGUAGAUCAGGCCCUGGAAAAGCAUGCCAAGUUCUCUGUCUGGUCCCAAAUAAGAUGUGGGGAAGACUGUGCCUUCUAUAUUAGGCCACCAUGUGACCCUUUGUUUAAAAAAAAAAAAAAAAAAAAAAGUCACCUUUAUUGUCUUCCAUGUGAUGUUGAUUAAUCCUUAUAGUCUUGAAGACUAGAAACAACCCAGUACAUCUUUUCUAACAACAAUUUUUAGACUGGACAUAAUUUAUAAGCCAUCUUAAAUUCUGAGUUGUGUACAAAUAAUACAUGUGGUACUGUGUUUCUUUUACUGAAUUCAUUUAUUAUCAGACCUUCCACCUUUUAUGGGUGAUAUUCUUCAGAUUUGUAAACUGAAAAUUGUAAUAGAAUUAAGCUGUACAAUAUUUCAGUCUAGUUACAAACACCCUCCUAACUGAGCUAUAUUCAUACUUCUUUCUUAACCUUCCCAAACCUUGUUGGUAUGUACUUUAUUCAUAAUGUUCAAUAUUUAUCUUUGCUUUUGCCUAGUCUGUGCAGUUAAUAUUUUGUAGUUGUAUCUUUAUUUAAAGUGAAGAAAUUUAAUAAAAUAUCAGUUAAA